AUGAGACUCGCUACCAUUGCUAGCCUUGCCACCCUCGCGGCUGCUCUUCCCUCUCCCGAAGGCAUCACCCGCGAAUUCUCCCUCGCUCAAAAGGGCUUUAUCCUCUCAUCUCCCGCUAAAGAGGGCAAGUUUAUACCAUCUGUCUCUAAACCAUUUCCCAAAUUAACCGUCAUAGGCUCCUCAAUGGCCACCAGCCUGGACCCUAGCUGCGACGUCCUGCGCGUGCCGCUCCAACACAUGGUCGAGCACUGCGGCAAAGUCGCCCGCGCAGCAGAAAAAAAGGCUCGCCACGGCCCAAGCAAGCUCAUGGACGAGUACUUUGGCAGCAGCAGCCGAGAGACACGCAACACGGUGGCCGACAACUUUGCCCUCUUUGGCCGAGAGUGCUCGCGCCUCGACGGCGGCGUGGUCAAGUACAUGUGCAACUACUCGCGAGACCAGUGCCGCUCUGCCUCCAACAUGAUGUAUGUGACGGAGCGCGCGCGUGUCACGGAGAUGAUGCUCUGCCCAGCAUUCUUUUCUCAGUUUGACUACCACCAGGCCACCCAGUGCGAUAUGCGCGAGACCCCUGCCCAGACAGCCAUGCUGAUGGGUCUGGUGGCCAUGAGCAAGCAUGUCACUGGGAUGGAGUGGAAUAGCCCGGACAAGACGAACGGUGCAGAGUCGUAUGCUGAUUUUAGCCAGUUUGAGGGCGAGCCUGGCUGUGAUAAGGCUUAG